ACAUAUUAUUAUUGGUAUUACCAGCAUCAUUUGAUUGCGUUCAAUCAUAAUUUUACCCUAAUGUUGGGAGGUGCUGAAUGCUGAUGUGUUCAGUUUGUUAUUGCUUUCCUAAGAACCAUGAUGUGUGAUAUUGGUAUUUUGUAUUUGUGAAGUUUAAAUAAUAUUUGCGAACAUUGUAUUGGUUUAAAAUAAAACACGUGGAGGUCUUGUGUCUUCUAUUAGCGGUGUAUUUUGUUUUUCAUUUUUAAAAGUAAAAAUCGAGCAUGGACGGUCCAGCAGGGCCUUCGCCAUGUCGCCUGCCAGAUGGACGAGACGAGGUCACAACACCAAUGAAAAGACUGAAAAUGAAUGACAGCAGCUGUCAAAGUGACAGCUGUCAGUGCGACAGGACGCAAGGCGAGGUCAAAAUAAAGAGCAAGAGGUUCGGGAGAGGAGCUGUGGAGUCAGGGUUAACACACGAAUGCGGCGUUUUCGGCGCAAUAGGCACAGGCGACUGGCCAACACAAGUAGACGUGGGGCAGGUCAUAUGUCUCGGCCUUGUUGCGCUUCAACACAGAGGGCAAGAAUCAGCGGGUAUCGUGACGUCAGAGGGCAGAAGCGCCCGUACAUUCAACACACACAAGGGCAUGGGCCUCAUCAACAAUAUAUUCAACGAUGAGGCCAUGAAAAAGCUGAAAGGCAACUUAGGCAUUGGUCACACGAGGUAUUCAACGUCGGCAGCAUCAGAAGAGGUGAACUGCCAACCGUUCGUAGUCCACACGGCGCACGGCGCCUUAGCAGUAGCACAUAAUGGGGAACUGGUUAACUGCAGUAGCCUACGAAAGAUGGUGUUAGGACGAGGCGUAGGUCUCUCGACUCAUUCAGACUCUGAGCUGAUCACACAGGCGUUAUGUCUCAACCCACCCGAGGGAGAGACCAAUGGACCUGAUUGGCCCGCUAGGAUUAAUCAUCUCAUGAGGCUGGCUCCUCUGAGUUACUCGCUAGUGAUAAUGUUAAAGGACAAGAUAUACGCCGUGCGGGAUCCGUACGGCAACCGGCCGCUCUGUCUCGGCAAGAUACUGCCGCUGGGCUCAUCAUAUGUCUACAAACAGUCAUCAUCGAAGCAUGCGGCGGUUCUAAUGAACGGCUGUGCAAAGAACGGCGUAGACGAUAAGGCUGAAGGAUGGGUGGUGUCGUCGGAAUCUUGUGGAUUCCUCUCUAUUGGUGCUCGAUAUGUGAGAGAAGUGUUACCUGGUGAAAUAGUGGAGAUGUCUCGACACGGCAUCAGGACAGUGGACGUGGUGGACCGACCGGCGGGCAAGCAUCAGGCGUUCUGUAUCUUCGAGUAUGUGUACUUCGCGAGGGCGGACAGCUUAUUUGAAGGUCAGAUGGUGUAUUCUGCGCGCCUGCAGUGCGGGCGCAUGUUGGCGCGCGAGUCGCCCAUCGAUGCAGACAUCGUUUCCUCCGUACCUGAGUCUGGGACCGCCGCUGCUCACGGUUAUGCUAGACAGUCAGGAAUCCCCUUCAUGGAAGUUCUCUGCAAGAACAGAUACGUAGGCCGCACUUUCAUUCAGCCGUCCACAAGGUUACGGCAGUUGGGUGUCGCAAAGAAAUUCGGCGCGCUCUCGGAAAACGUGCGCGGGAAGAGAAUAGUUCUUAUCGAUGACUCCAUCGUGAGGGGGAACACUAUUGGACCUAUUAUCAAGCUUUUGAGGGAUGCGGGUGCGGCUGAGGUUCACAUCAGGAUAGCGUCUCCACCGCUGAAGUAUCCGUGCUACAUGGGCAUCAACAUCCCCACCCGAGAGGAACUCAUUGCCAACAAAAUGGACUCUUACAAGCUCGCCGAACAUGUUGGUGCAGACAGUCUCGAAUACCUAAGCGUGGAAGGUCUAGUGAGCGCAAUCCAUUACAAUAUGAAAGUGAGCCCCAGCGACGGUGUGGGGGGUCACUGUACCGCGUGCCUUACGGGGGAUUAUCCCGGCGGUCUGCCCGACGGCGUCGACUGGUGACCACCUACCAUUUCACGAGCAAUCCGUUAUAAGAUUAUGCCCAUUAAACUCCCAGCGACGGCGUUAAGAGGGGUCUCUCCGUCACUCGCUCCACACAAACGUAGUUCCAAUUUCAUUUGAAUAUUAAGCAACCAAAGUCCAUUAAAUUUUGCAGACAUAUUCUAGAAACUAAUAUCUAUGC